CGUGCUUUUGCGGUGAGUGCGCGUCAGUUGGUCAUACUGAGCGCUGCAUCUUCAACAUGGCUGACGUGACUUCGGUAGACGGGGAUAAACUCAGCAAAAAGUCUACCCGCUGACUGUGGUAGCUCGGCAUGCUGUGUCUGGUCAGGGCAGCCAGGCAGCAGCUGUGCCAAGCCUUUGGGCUCAGGGCACAGUGGUCAAAAUGUGCACCACCAUGUUCAGUUCUAGUCCCUGCUCAAAUUUACGUGAUCCGUUGGAGAGGUGACAAAAGUGAGCUGAAGAGACGAAUGAAAGCCGACAAGAAGGCGGCAGAAAAAGAAACCAAGGUCAAAGAGCAGGUGGAGCAAAAGAAGGAAUCCAAUGACCAGGAAGCGCAAGAUGCUUGUGGGUUGGAUGAAGAGACGCUUGACCCAAAUCAAUACUACAAGAUCCGCACCCAGGCCAUCCAAGACCUAAAGGGCACCCCCGAUGACCCAUACCCCCACAAGUAUCAUGUCGAAUUGUCACUCACAGAGUUUAUCGAGAAAUACAACCAUCUAGAUCCUGGAAACCAGCUGACUGAUGUUGUUCUCAAUGUGGCAGGCCGCGUUCAUGCCAAGAGGGCUUCUGGUGCCAAGCUGAUUUUCUACGACCUAAGAGGUGAAGGCGUCAAGUUGCAAGUCAUGGCGAACUCAAGGAACUACAAGUCUGAGGAGGCCUUUGUAGCCAUCAACAACAAACUACGUCGUGGUGAUAUUAUCGGUGUCCGCGGAAACCCAGGGAAGACAAAAAAAGGGGAGUUGAGCAUCAUUCCCACUGAGAUGACACUGCUAUCACCAUGUUUGCACAUGUUGCCCCACCUCCACUUUGGCCUCAAAGACAAGGAAACGAGAUUCCGCCAGCGCUACUUGGAUCUGAUUCUCAAUGACUAUGUAAGGCAAAAGUUCAUAACUCGCUCCAAAAUCAUCACAUACCUGCGCAGCUUCCUGGACCAGCAGGGAUUUUUGGAGAUUGAGACACCAAUGAUGAACAUCAUUCCUGGUGGAGCAGUCGCCCGUCCAUUUGUCACUUACCACAAUGAGCUGGAUAUGAAGCUGUUCAUGAGGAUCGCACCUGAGCUCUAUCACAAGAUGCUUGUGGUUGGUGGAAUAGACAGAGUGUAUGAGAUUGGUCGUCAGUUCAGGAAUGAAGGCAUCGAUCUUACUCACAAUCCAGAGUUCACCACCUGUGAAUUCUACAUGGCAUAUGCAGAUUACUAUGACUUGAUGGACAUGACAGAGAAACUACUCUCAGGAAUGGUGAAGCACAUCACUGGAGGAUACAAGGUGGCUUAUCACCCUGAUGGUCCGGAGGGAAAGGCCUAUGAGAUUGACUUCACACCACCAUUCAGAAGAGUGAGCAUGACACACGACCUGGAGAAGAUCAUGGGAGUGAAAUUCCCUCCUACUGACAGCUACAACAGUGAUGAGACGCGUAAAUUCUUUGACGACCUGUGUGCAAAGAAAGGAGUUGAAUGUCCUCCACCCAGAACCACUGCCCGCCUCCUUGACAAGAUGGUUGGAGAUUUCCUUGAGGUCACCUGUAUCAACCCCACAUUCAUCUGUGAUCACCCUCAAAUCAUGAGUCCCUUAGCAAAAUGGCACAGAACAGAGAAAGGCCUGACGGAGCGUUUUGAGCUCUUUGUAAUGAAGAAGGAAAUCUGCAAUGCUUACACUGAGUUGAAUGAUCCAAUUCGACAGAGAGAGCUUUUCGAGCAGCAAGCCGCGGCCAAAGCUGAGGGUGAUGAUGAAGCCAUGUUUAUUGAUGAGACCUUCUGCACAGCUCUGGAAUACGGACUGCCACCAACAGCUGGCUGGGGGAUGGGCAUCGAUCGUGUCGCCAUGUUCCUCACGGACUCCAACAACAUCAAGGAGGUGUUGCUCUUCCCAGCCAUGAAGCCCGACGACAAUAAGACAUCAGCGCCCACAGAGGGCACCUCCGUCUAAUGACAUGGCCUCUACCGCUAUCAGAUGUGAGCAGGAGUCCGUAUGGAGUAAGCCUUUACCUCACUGGAGUGGAGUCUGCGGGUUUUGUGUUUUAUCAAUGUUGGUCUGUCAAAGGUUUGAUUCUUACUGUCAUUAAGGGAAAUCAUCUUGUCUCAUGGUUGACGGGUGAACAAUGAUAAAUGCUUCUUCUUUUCUUUUAUAUUUCUCAAACUUUUGCGAUCAUAUUUGUGUGAUUGUAAGGAAACUUGUUAAUCCUCAAUGUCAUCCACACAGUAAAUGGAUGGUAUUUGAUCAGAAAGUCAUGUGUGAUUUGCUGUGAUGCAAACUUGGAUAAUAAUGUUUUUGAAUAUAGUUUGAGGGGUGCUUGAUUCUUGCUACCAAAUAGAGAAUAGAGUCAAGCACCUCCUAAUAUUUUAAGUGUUGUCUGUUUUUACCAGCUCUGCUUGUAUUCCCUGUCUGAGAUUUUUCAAGCUAGACUCCACAAAUUCAAUACUCCUCUGCCAAGAAGUAUAAACGUGGGCUUGUCUGAAUAAAGUGCAAAUGAAUGAAA